CAUUUCUGGAAACGUGAUAUCAAAGAACUAUUAAUGACGCAUCAUCAAAACAUAAACAAACCAUGUUUAUGUAGACAAGACGUUGAGUCUUUUUCGAAUUCAGACAGUUAGAAAACAAGAUAUAUAACAGCAUGACACAAAUACAGCUUGGAAUGGCUGCUGCUUAUAGGAAUAGCCUUAUAAGGACCAGGUUGUUUGAUAGUCAAGGAUGUUCAUCUCAGAAGUGGAUUCAUACUACAGACAGUAGAGAAUCUUCUAAUCUCCAGACUAUCAAGAGAAAUUACUCUGGUAGUGAUGGAGAUGGAGGUACCAAUAGCAAGGGAGAUAACUCACAUCCUGUAACAAAAAUCAAAAACAAUGUCAGCUGGAUGAUGAAUAACAUCAAAGUUCCACAGAUAACGAUUCCUGAUUGGAGGAAAUUUGCACCAGAAGAAAUGAAUUUUACAGAAAGUGUCAGAAAAAAUAAAGAUAAAAUUGUAGACAGUUUAGUUCUUAAAAAACAACAGUUUAAAAAGUUGCAAAUGGCAAAGAAACAGAAGUCAGAUGAAACAAAAUCAAGCUCACCUCCUGAGACAAAAUCUUGUGCUUUUUCUUCUCAUAUCCAAGAACACAAUGAUAGCAUUGUAUCAUUCUAUGACACUUCAAGUUUACAUGUUGAGAGUCAGGCUGCCAUAAAAGUAAAAGUCAAUGAAGAAGUUAUUCCUUCAGAUACAAAAGCUGACAGUAAAGUUGACGAAGCAUGGCUAUCGAGAAUGGUAGGUCUGGCUUUCUUUUCAAGUGCACCAGUUAGUGAGGCACAACAAGACAGUAAACCAGUGGUGAGAAAAGAUUUUGUGUCCAAAGCUUCAAUAGAUAGCAGAACAAAAGCAUUGGUACAUAAUCUAAAACAGGCUUCAUCACAAGUAUCAAAGCUGAAGAGGACCGAGGACUUGUGUUCACAUCUCAUUCAGUUUCCUGAUUCCAGAACAAUUGCCAUGAAGGAAAAAUGUUUACCUACCUUAUUAAGACUGCACAAGACAAAACACAGACAACUGAAAGCUGAGGUCUCACAGGCCCUGUCUCUGGUUGGUUAUGUUCACCCUCCUAAAGGAAAAGGUGUCAGAGUUCUCUCUAUUGAUGGUGGUGGUACAAGAGGGGUCAUAGCAAUACAAACAUUAAAGAUGAUCCAGGAACAGUGUAAGACAGAUAUAACCAAGUGUUUUGACUAUGUGUGUGGAACUAGUCAGGGAGCCAUUCUGGCUUGUCUUAUAUUUUUGUUAAAAGUGCCUCUAGCUGAUGCUGAAGAACGUUACAUGGAAUUCAGUCAGAUGUUCAACAGAAAUGCAGUACUAGGCACAGGCAAACUGGUUUGGGAUCAUGCUUUUUAUGACACUGAUUUGUGGGAAAAGAUCCUUAAGAUGAAUUUCUCUGAAGAUAAGACAAUGGCUGACUGUGCUAAAGAUGAUACCUGUCCAAAGGUAUCAGCCAUAUCCUGUCUAUUAAAUGUUCCUAAGAUGAAGAGUUUUAUGUUCCGUACCUACAACCUUCCACCUGGAGUGUUUUCCCAUUAUCCUGGUAAUUGUAAACAUAAAGUAUGGGAAGCCAUUAGAGCCUCUUCCGCUGCUCCUGUUUACUUGAAAGAAUUUGUACUUGGAGACUUUAUACAUCAGGAUGGUGGAUUAAUGGCCAACAAUCCAGCUGCUAUUGCCGUGUCAGAAUGUAAGCUGUUAUGGCCUGAUGAGGCAAUUCAGUGUGUUAUUUCCCUUGGAAAUGGACGUUUUGAACCCAAUUUAGAAAUCACACCAAGUAAAAAUGCUGUAAAAGAAAAAGUAGCCAAAAUAAUAGAUGCAGCUACAAACACAGAAGUUGUCCACACAAUUCUCCAAGACUUAUUGCCAACAUCAACAUACUUUCGUUUUAAUCCCUACAUGUCAGAAGACAUCCGAUUGGAUGAGAAAAGAACAGAGAAACUUAUACAAAUGCAACAAGACACUGAAAUGUAUUUACGUAAAAAUGAAUUUAAACUUAAAUGUGCUACUGAUCAAUUACUGAAACAAAGACAGCCACACCAACAAGCAUUAGAUUACAUCAAACUGAAAGCAGAUUCCUCUUUUCUAGCUGAUUCUAAUAUAUUAUAAGAAACAAAAAUUAUAAAGCAUUAUCUGUGAUAAACUAGUCAAAAUGAUGUUUGGAUGUACUUUUAAUUUAUGAUAAAGUACAAAUGAAGUAAGUUACAAAAAGAACCCUUUGUAUUUAAGUUUGUUGUGAACGACAUAUAUUUCACUCUGUUCUCUAAAAUUAAAAGUUUAUGUAUGAUUAAAAAGAUUGAAAUGUAAAAGAACAUACCUGUUUUUAAUGGAAUGCAUUUAUUAAGUUUUUUUCUUCUUUCUUAAAACUUGUGGUGUUUUAUUUUUUUCAUUGUUUAACUUGUGACAAUAAUUUGAGACAGUACACAUUAACUAUUUAAACAUUAAUGAAUCUUAAGAAAAUGGUGUUGAGAACAAAGUCAUUGUAUAUUUAAAGUAUAUUUAUUCCAGUUUUAAUGGGAUGUAAUAGAAAUAUAGGUCAUAGUACAGUUGUGAUAUUUUAUUCCAGUUUUAUGGGAUCAAAAGGCUGAUUUUUUAUGUUAUGAUUCAGUUAAGAAUUAAGUACCAAUUUAUCUAGAUGUAUUUUAUACAAAAUGAAAAACAUUAAGAUAUCUUUUCUCUUAUUAAUGAAUUCAGUUGGUAUAAAAUCUGUACUUCUUAUUCCCAAUACUCUUUCAGGUUGUAUGACACAAUUUCAGUGUACCAUGGCCUGUCAGGUGAAUUUUUAGUUAUUGAGCAUAGUCCAAAUUGUGAUUGAAUUAAGUGCUUUUUGUAUAAUAUUUUUGUUCUUUUAUUUAUUAUAUUAUAUAUCAUGUACAUGUUAAGAUUUGGUCUUGUUUAUGUUACUUUAUGGUAUUAUGUAAUUUUUUUCUGAUUAAGGCAUUACUAUUUCUCAGUAGGGAAACACAUUUCAUUAUAAAUUUUACUAAAACUGCAACAUUUUUUGGUUUUAGUUAUCUUAUUCAGCUUUAUUAAACACUUUGAAAACAAGAGAACUAGUGACCUCUAAUGAAAAUUAAUACAAAGAAUUGAGACAUGAUAGUGAUUAAUUCUUACUUUUGGCAAAAAAUGACAUUUAUAAAAUAUUUUCAAAUGUACACAGUACAACUAUAUUUAUAGAAUAUUUUCGACAUGUAUAGAUUGCUGCUUCAGUAUUUCAUCUCCUCAUAAAUGUUUCAUGAUUCCAUUGCCUAUGCUACUGGUGGUUGUAAUUCAUGCUGAUUGGUAAAGGAUAUUAUAUUAAAUUUUUCUUUUUUUAAUUGGGUUUUGGGUUAUCCAUGGAAGCUUGCCUUUUUUGCAGUAAAGAUGUUUGCUUCAUUGUCAGCAAUAGAUUAUUUAAGGUACAGAAUUAUCCUUGAUUGCAGCUUAGCAUCCAUUUCAUUAAAACCAUAACACUUUAUUGAUAAUUACACACAGACACAUAGAACUGUUAUUAAAUUUGAGGUCAAAAUAUGAAUCAUCUACAAUAAAAGAUAAAAAGAGCAUGAAGUAAUGAUUUGUAUUACUCUAUUUAAUAAUAUCAGCAGAACAAACUAGCAAUUUCUCUAAUUUAAAAAUACUGACAGUCCUUUGUAGACACCUUCAAUUUUUAACAGAGAGAUAUGUAUUUGUCCAAUUCUGAAAAAAACUGGAGAUAUUACUAUGUAGAAGAAACAUUAUGAAUUGAUAAUCGUUUGUUUUACAUUGUUUGUUGUUUUAUUUAAUGUUGUCUGAGUACUAUGCAGCAUUUGAUUUAAAAAAAUGCUUAUUUACAAAAUGGCAUGAUUUCAUUUAAAAAUACUAUGCAAAUAAAACAAGGGUUUUAUAGUUUUGUACAAACUUGGACAUUAUUCAUUUUAAAUACACAAUCUGUAAAUGAUGUGUUUAUUUGUCUAGUCUUCUUUGUGUAGUGCUGUUUUUUUGUGAUCAUUCAUUUAAUCAAAUCAGUACUUUACCAUGUAUGACAGUAACUGAUAUAAAGUGAUAUAUAUAUUACAAUUAAUAAAUUAUCUCUCCUUUCCUUUCCUUCUUAAAAUCAGUCUUGAAGAUACAUUUUUAGUACAUUAUUUUUAUCAUACCAAGGAUAGUGUUUAUAAUUUUAUGAUUACUUAAUUUUUCUUUGGAGAUAAAACAAUACUUUCACAGAAUAGUAAGCAAUGUUUGUGUGCACUGAUGAAUAGCAAGCAUAAUUGUGUAAGACCUGUGAUAUAUAAGAAUGCAUAAAAUUUCACCAUUCUUCUGUAAAAUUUAGAAUUUUUUGAAAAAUGUUUUGUGAUUUUCAUUACUUUAAUAAUAUUUGACUGUAACAGCAGUUUCUCUUCAUUCUGUGUGUAUUUUCUGUUCUGACCAGUUUAGAUACAUUUUGAUAAACUGCAUGUUGAUUAAAUCUCUCUGCUGUAAAGCCUGCCAUUCAGAGCAUUGCACUCAGCAUUUGGCAUGAAAUCAUUAGAGUAACAAAUUCUACCUCUUUACCCCAUUCACUACAUUUAUCCACUCUCGAUAUUGAAAUUUUCAAAUUUUUUUUUAAAUGUUCAGUAGACCUUAAAUUUUAGUUUAAUAAAGCGAAUAAAUAUCAUAAUCAACAGGGUUGUGUGUUAGAUUAUAUAUAUUUAUACACUGGAAGUUGAUAUACAAUCUUUUAAAAGCAGUUGAUGUUAGAUAGGUCAGUUAUUUAUCACGUUGUUUUACUUGAUUUUCAUAGAAUUCAUUUUAAUCUGAUUAAAAAUUCCUGUAUUGAAGACAGAUUUUUUUUAUGAGUUUUUUUCAUUGCUGCUUAUUUAAAAUAUAAGAGAAAAUGUAUUAUAAACAAUGUUGUAAAGAACAGCUGGCAUGAAAUAGAUUCCUCAAAUGGUAUUAACUUAUUUUUUCCUGUUUUUUAUAAAAUUAAUUGUUACUUAAUAUACUUAUACUUGUUUAUUGUUUGUGAAUAAAUGUGGACCUGUGAAUAAA